AGAGAGCCUGGGCAGUUUGGUGGUCUCAUCAAGGGAGCCAAGUCUCUGAAGAGGAGGAUUUUCUUUUAGUCAAGACCAAUAGAACCACUGAUUUCCAGCUGAGUUUAAAGGAACCUCAGAACUUAUUGAAUCCAUUUCCAUUUUCAUUCAGAUGAAGAAAAUAAAUCAGAGAAAUUAAAUACUUGUCGAUAGUCACAGCUACAGAGUCUCUGAUGGGAUGAUAUUGAGAUGCAAUGCCUCUUUCUUCAAGAUUUGUCUUUUGUCCUCUUGCUCCUGCUUCCCUGGCCAGUCUCAGGGAAAUUCACUGUGAUAGGACCACCACAAUCAGUCAUUGCCAUGGUGGGUGGAGAGGCCAUAUUGCCAUGCCACCUUUCUCCCCAGAUGGAUGCCCAGGACAUGGAUGUGAUGUGGUUUUAUGGAGAGUCCUCACUACUAGUACAUCGGUAUAAAGAUAGGCAGGAUCAUCUGAAUCAUCAGCACCAAGAAUAUAAAGGGAGGACAGAAUUUCUUCGAGAUGACAUCUCCAAUGGGAGUGUGGCCUUGAAGCUUCGGCAUAUUCGUCCCUCUGAUGAGGGGAAGUAUCGAUGUUACUUUGAAAGUUCUAGUGCUUAUGGGGAAGCAGAAUACCAAGUGUAUGUAGAAGGGAAAUUCACUGUGAUAGGACCACAACAACCAGUCAUUGCCAUGGUGGGCGAAGAGGCCAUAUUCCCAUGCCACCUUUCUCCCCAGAUGGAUGCCCAGGACAUGGAUGUGACGUGGUAUUAUGGAGAGUCCUUAGAACUUGUGCAUCAGUAUAAAUAUAGGCAGGAUUAUCUGAAUCAUCAGCGCCAAGAAUACAAAGGGAGGACAGAAUUUCUUCGAGAUGACAUUUCCACUGGGAGUGUGGCCUUGAAGCUUCGUCAUAUUCGUCCUUCUGAUGAAGGGAAGUAUUGGUGUUUAUUUGAAAGUUCUAGAACUUAUGGGGAAGCAGAAUACCAAGUAUAUGUAGCAGGCAAAGGCUCUGCUCCUCACAUAUACCCUGUGAAUGAUGAGAAUAAAAGUCACAGGCUGGUAUGCACAUCUAUAGGGUGGUAUCCAGAGCCUGAAGUUCAAUGGAGAAAAAACCAGGAAAUGUUAUUGCCACAAGACACUAUGAUCAAGAAGGAAGAAAAUGGAUUAUUUUCUGUUGAAACAUCAAUCACGGUUUCCACCAAUUCCACAGGGAAUGUUUCUUGUUUCAUUUGGAACCCUCUCCUCAGACAAAAGUUGGAAGCAAGUUUUUCUCUGUCAGGGAAAUUCACUGUGACAGGACCACAACAACCAGUCAUUGCCAUGGUAGGUGGAGAGGCCAUAUUCCCAUGCCACCUUUCUCCCCAGAUGGAUGCCCAGGACAUGGAUGUGAUGUGGUUUUAUGGAGAGUCCUCAGAACUGGUGCAUCAUUAUACAUAUAGGCAAGGUUAUCUGAAAAAUCAGCACCAAAAAUAUAAAGGGAGGACAGAAUUUCUUCGAGAUGACAUUUCCACUGGCAGUGUGGCCUUGAAGCUUCAUCAUAUCCGUCCCUCUGAUGAAGGGAAGUACCGGUGUUCAUUUGAAAGUUCUAGUGCUUAUGAGGAAGCAGAAUACCAAGUGUAUGUAGCAGGCAAAGGCUCUGCUCCUCACAUAUACAUUAUGAGUGAUGAAAAUAAAAGUCUUAGGCUGGUAUGCACAUCUAUAGGGUGGUACCCAAAGCCUGAAGUUCAAUGGAGAAAAAACCAGGAAACGUUAUUGCCACAAGACACUACGAUCAAGAAGAAAGAAAACGGACUAUUUUCUGUUGAAACAUCAAUCACAAUUUCCAUGAAUUCCAUAGUGAAUGUUUCUUGUCUCAUUGGAAACCCUCUCCUCAGACAAAAGUUGGAAGCAAGUUUUUCUCUGUCAGAUGACUUAUUUACAAAUGACACUCCCGGGAUUGUGAUAUGGAUUGUGAUUGUGGCCCUUCUCAGCACUGUGAUUCUUAUCCUUAUUUUUGUGAUCUGGAAGUUAAAAAAUGCCAAAGGUGUGAAUAAAGAAAAACCAGUCUCUUAUGUUUCAGUCAAGUUAGAAAAUGAAUGCGUUAUGAAUGAAGAUGAACUUGGUGUGUAUAAAGAUUCACCUGUUGUGGAAAAAGAAGAACCUGGUGUGUAUAAAGAUUCACCUGUUGUGGAAAAAGAAGAACCUGUUGUGGAAAAAGAAGAACCUGUUGUGGAAAAAGAAGAACCUGUCUCUUAUGACUCAGUCAAGGUUCAAAAUGAAUACAGUGUGAAUAAAGAAGAACCUGUCUCUUAUGACUCAGUCAAGAUUCAAAAUGAAUACGAUGUGUAUAAAGAUGAACCUGGUAUGAAUGAAGAUCAACUUGACUUACAAGCUGCCCAGAAAUACAGAGUGGAUGUCACUUUUGAUGCGAACACAGCUCGUCCUUUCCUCGUUCCUCUAUUGGAUCGAAAAAGCAUUAGUUCUGUCUCUCACAAAAACAACCACAAGAACAUUGGGGGCAUGGAGACUGUGCACUGUGUGCUGGGCAAGGAAAGAUUCACUUCAGGACGACACUACUGGGAGGUAAAGGUAGAAGAUAAGUUGAAGUGGAUCAUGGGACUCUGUAAGGACUCAGUCAUAAGAAAAAUGGGGUGUCCAGUCACACCAGGAGAUGGGUUCUGGACUAUCUCUCUGAAGAAAAAGAAUGAGUACUGGGCUCUCUCUAGCCCUCCAACCUAUCUCCACUGUAUAGUGGACUGCAAGGUAGUGGGGAUUUUCCUGGACUAUGAAGCUGGCUGCAUCUCUUUCUACAAUGUGACUGAUGAUUCCCCUAUCUGCACCUUCCAGGAUACCUUUAGGGAAGCCCUACGGGCAUUUCUGUACCCACCUACUUUGGCCUUAGGAAAACAUUAUCCCUAUUUCCAUCCCCCAAAGGCAGGAUAUUCUCAAGCCUUGUAAAAUUCCUAAAACCAAAAGAGAGCCUGGAAAUUGUUCUCAGUAAGCCAAUAUGGGCUCUUGAGGAGUCAUCUUAUCCAUAACCCACAGCACAAAUGUACUUGCCUUUCAUCUUUGCUGGAGGACAUUGAAUCUUUAGGAGCUUCCCUUCAGCACAAGCUGAGAGUUCUCCCACAUGUCCUUCUUCCUUCAUAUGCACAUCUUCUCUCCUCCAUUUGGUAUAAGGCCUUUUCAGGACUACUGUAGUACCCACCUGUCACCCAACUCUCACCCAUGGUUCCAAGAAGCUGUAGCAUUCACAGCAGGGUAACAACUUCUUGGAAGAUGGGCUAAACCAGGUUGCAGCUUACUGAUGGGACUCAAACUUCUUGGUGACUUAGAGAGAUGUCUACCCCAAGAAUAUAAAGAUGACUUUCAGUGGAAUGGGCAGAAGAGAACGAUUUGUUCAGUGGCCACGAAGGCAGCUAAAGCAGCUCUGUGGAGCACUGAGAGCUUGGUUAGAAAUCAAAGGUACCAAGAUCAUCUGCUGUAUCCUGGGCCAUCAUCAAUCAUCUUGAGUUUUGUCUUGCCAUGAGACUUCAAUUAUUCUGGAAGAGAGAGUAAGGAUGAUGAUUUUGUACAACUCCACCUCAGUUAAAUCCAAUCACUCUCAAGUUACAAUGUUACAUAUCAUUGGUCCUCUUUGUAAAUAAAGGAUAAUCACCAACAGCA